CAUGCAGGUCAGUCGAAACCGAAGAGGUGGAGGGAGUCCAACGAGGCCGAAGCAAACCGAAAGCCAGAUACCGGCUCUCUUUCUACACGACGGCCGAUUUACAACCGAAGAGUUUUCUUCCGCCCCGAUCAACAGGUGUCAAACCGCCGGUGGAUUAUUUCUCCUGCAUCCCUGCCUCGUGCAGACUGGCGAUAGUCACAAUCCGACCCCGAUUGGCGCAUGCUCUAACUUCAGAGCCGCCUCGCGCCGGCCACAGUCUUUCCCUGGACCCACGAACGUCAACACGCCGCUCAUCUUCACCGCAGUAACGUCUUCGUUGAGAUCGUUGAGUAUAAUAAAAUUGCGGAAAAAGUUCAACAAUAAAAAUCACAACUCAACAAGGUUUCAUACCUUGAGGAAGGAAGGGGCAGCUCUGUUGGCAGCUAUUGUAACGCGUUUUACCAUGAGAGAGUAGUUGCGCCCUUCAGAUGGAGCAAGAAGAAGUGAUGGAAGCGGAUGAGAAACCUUCUAAGGUGUACAGAUACAAGAACCGAUGGGUCGAGGCUGUACACAAAAUUAAAUCUCAGUCCGACACGGAGAGCCAAAGCACAACACCCACCGUCAAGAUUUCAAGUCAUGACGCUCAACCUGAGGAGCACAAUGGAGAAGAGAGAAGGAAGCCUUCUGUUAUCGAGGAGACGUCCCAGACUCAAGAUCUGGAUGAAACCGAGGUCUUCAAAAGAGGCAAGGUCUACAAGGGCGUCUAUCUUCUUUCGUUGACCAACAGUUUCAGAGAAAAGCGCCUUGAACUAGCAUACCAGCGCUACUCCCACCGGCAGAGGCAGAGAUCUCUGAUCAUAGUCAACCUGGUCGACGCCAUCGUCAAACUCGUAGUCGCAGGAAUAGCGUGCGCUCACGGCCAAGAAUUGGGCAGCGAAGACAGACUCAUCUGGACAAGCGCAGGGCUCGUCGCGAACGUCACACUGUGCGCCUUGGGCUGUUGGAGGAAUUUCGCUAACAAUUACCUCCACUGGGCUGCAUUAGCGACAUGGGCCACACUAAACGUGCAAGGUUUGUGGGGAAAGUGCUUUGGGUUUUCUCCUCCUGAGUAUCUCGUUUGGUACAUUCUGUUUAUUAUUUUUGUAACAUAUGCUAUGCUCCCGUUGCCUUUGAGGUGGUCCAUCGCCGCAGGUAUGGUCACGUCGAUUGUCCACGUCCUGCAGACGGCGAUAGUACUGCACCGAUCGAAUGUGGUUUUCUCCUGCACCCUGAAGCAGAUUGUGGCGACGAGCCUGCUCUACUGCGCCGUCAACUUCACGGGGACUUAUACCAAGUACCUAACCGACAGGAGCCAGAGGAAGGCCUUUCUGGAAACUCAUAGGUCCACGGAGACAAGGUUCAAGACGCAAAAGGAAAACGAACAACAGGAGAAACUUCUUCUUUCUGUUCUUCCGGAUUUCGUUGCCAGAGAGAUGAUAAGGGAUAUAGCAAACGAAUCGGAAAGGGGUGCCUUUACACCGCACCAGUUUCACAGAAUUUAUAUCCAUUGCUACGAAAAUGUCAGCAUUUUAUUCGCGGAUAUUAAAGGAUUCACCGCCUGGGCUAGUCAAACCAGCGCUCAAGAACUAGUGAGAGUUUUAAACGAUCUAUUCGCCAAAUUUGACAAGCUAGCAAUGGAAAACCACUGCUUGAGAAUAAAACUUCUCGGCGAUUGCUACUACUGCGUGUCUGGCCUUCCUGAAGAACGUCCCGACCACGCUGCUUGCUGCGUCGAGAUGGGUCUGCACAUGAUCAAAGCCAUCAAGGACGUUAGAAACAAACUAAACGUCGACUUGAACAUGAGGAUCGGCAUCCACUCCGGGUCAGUCCUCUGCGGCGUGCUCGGCUUGCGGAAAUGGCAGUUCGACGUUUGGUCUUACGACGUCACCCUGGCCAACCACAUGGAGUCGGGCGGCAUACCCGGAAGAGUCCACAUAUCAAAAGCUACCUUGGGUUGUCUGAACAACGCAUACGAGGUGGAACCCGGAUACGGAGAAACUAGGGACCCGUACCUCAAGGAGCACGAGAUCGAGUCGUACAUUAUCAAACAACAGGUGCCGACGAAGCAGACGCAUAAAAUAGGACGUGAGAUCUCGAGGACGAGGCUCUGGUCCGAAGGAGAACAGACGCUCAUCGCAGUCCAACAAGUUGUCAAAACCAAAUCCACUAAUUGUUUGAAUACCUUCUUUAAAUCCCUGAGAAGGUUCAUCCCGGAUAUUUUUGGUUACAUUGCAGAGAAGGAAAGGAAAAAACAAGUAGAUAGCAACGGGAACCACGGCAACCACACGGCGGGCAUCGUUGAGGAUUGGACGCCGGAAAUACCUUUCGAAAAUUUGAGCUCGACCGGACAAGAGCCAGAGAGGAGUGAGGCGGACAACGAAGCUGUAGCAGAUGUGAGUACUGCAGAGGAGGCCGACAUCAUGAUGGACCAUUGCAUAGAGGUGGAGAGCAAUCAGCGGAUGCGCAAGGAAAACAUUAGCCCUUGGACACUUCGGUUUAGGCAGCCACACAUGGAAGAAGAGUUCUGCCAGUUGAGAGAAGACAUGUUCAAAUCAAACAUGCUCAUCUGUUAUGUUAUAUGGCUCUUCAUAGUCGCAUCACAAACUGCUAUUCUUCCACGUUGCAAUGCACUGGUCGGCUAUGUCGUUUCAGCCACAGUUUUACUGACAUGUGCGGUUCUGCUGGUCAUGGCAGAAGAAUUACCAAGACUUCCUCAAAAACUGCAACACAUCUCAUCUGUUCUAGUUCAUAAUAGGUUCAGAAGGACGAUUUUCAUUUUAGCGUUUGUAGCAAUAAUGGCUAUAGCUUCCACACUAACACUGGUCUUGUUACCAGAUCACUUACUUAUAAGCAAUAUAGUAAAGAAUAAUACUCAAACUGAAUUCAGUUGUCAUGAUAGUGAAUGCGAUGACGGCAUGAAAAGGAUUCAAAGAGAAAUAGAAGAUAGCAAUGUAAAGAAAUACACUACCACAAACCUGCCUAUAAUAAAUUUUGAUAAAAAAGGGGUUAUCAAUCCAAAUUUACUUUUUCAAAAUGUAGAACAGAAUUCAAACAUGAGUUCUUAUUAUGCCUUGGAUAAGCAUUUACACACAUAUGCCAGAGUGAAAAGAAAUGCUUCUGGAGUUAGUAUUUCGAAAAAUUCUACUGACCCUUCAGAGAACGACCAUUACUUCAAAUCCUGCAUCCAUGUAGAACAUUUGGUGUUCACGUGGGUGCUAUGCCUGAUCGCAUUGGCUACGACACUGAAAGUAUAUUUCUUAGUCAAAACGGCUCUGGCUCUAGUCAUGGUCGGUGGGUACACAUGGUUGAUCCUGGGACUUUAUCCAGAAGUGUUCAGACAACCACAGUUGGAUAAACACUUGAAGAUGCCGUUUUUUGCUCAAAUGCUGCUCAUGCUGUCAAUAUUUUUUACACUGGUCGCCUAUCAUGCAAGACUAGUCGAGAUUACCUCAAGGUUGGACUUUCUCUGGAAAUUGGAAGCCCAACGUGAAUUGGCUGAUAUGCGGGAAACGAGAAAGAACAACAGACAGCUGCUAAGGAACAUCCUUCCUGACCAUGUCGCACAUCAUUUCUUGCAUGACCGAAUAGCCGAUGAACUAUACUCUCAGUCAAGAAAUAAGGUAGGUGUCAUGUUUGCAAGCAUCCCGAACUUCACUGAAUUCUACUCAGAAGACGUUAACAAAGGCAUGGAGUGUAUAAGGCUUCUGAAUGAAAUCAUUGUUGAUUUUGAUGAACUUCUCUCAGAACCUCGGUUUGGUUCUAUUGAAAAAAUUAAGACAGUCGGGGCAUGCUAUAUGGCCGCCUCGGGGCUGAAUCCCACACACGAGGCUAUUGAUGGCUAUUCGCACGUCUGUGCCCUGGUUGAUUUUGCCUUAGCAAUGAAACAAUCAUUAGAAAACAUCAACAAACAUUCAUUUAAUAAUUUCCACUUAAGAGUUGGAAUAAGCAGUGGACCACUAGUAGGAGGAGUGAUUGGUGCUCGAAAGCCAGUGUAUGAUAUUUGGGGCAACACAGUAAACGAAGCCUCUAGAAUGGACUCCACAGGAAAGAUGGGGAGGAUCCAAGUACCAAAGCACACCGCCAUGAUGCUCAUAGAAAGAGGAUACCUCAUGGAGUACCGCGGCCUGGUCCCGGUCAAGGGCAAAGGCGAAAUGGAGACAUACUUUGUUCUAGGAAGGGGUGAAACCGAGGAGCAACUUACACCUAAGCCAACUAUUCAGCAUGCAUCGCUUGCGGCAGUCGUUUACGGCAUGGUACAAGCAAGGAGGCGUCAUAACACACUGAAACAUGCCACACAAAGCGCAGGAGUUUUAAGCAGGACGAAGUCCCAGCAGGCGACAUCGAUACCAUCAGGACACAAACUUGUCAACUUCAGCAGCUUCCGAAUUUCAAAGCCGUCUCCAUCACCCCUGCGGAGGAACACGACAAGGGCAGGCAGACAGCUGAGCCAGCCAUCGCAGACCUACACAUCUCAAGGGAGCAUGAGGCAGCUGUCCGUCGAUCCCACGCUCCUUCAUUCUGCACCCGAUACUAGGAAUACGUCGCCGAACCUGUCCCAGGGAAAUUUAAGGUCUGUCUCUAUGAACUUCAACAAUUCGACAGAGCAGGCCAGAUGAUGAUCUCCUGCCUCCAGUGAAUAAUUGUGAUACUCUCCGAGUGCUGGAAGACUCAAUCAACUUUAAUACAAGUCCUCUUGGUUGAAAUUAUCGAAACUGAGAUAUUGUGAAAGACCUGAAAGGAAAUCAAAAUUAAUCCUAUGAACAAGGGCCAAAAUAGUUUAGAGACUUUUCUUUGUUUUUGUAAAAGUGGUUUUCCAAAUGAUUAUUUUAUACCAUCUAAACAAUUUAUAAAUGUUUGUUGUCCUGAGAUAUAUUUUAAUGAGUUCAAGACUGGGCGUUGUACUCACACAUUAUAUAGUUUUUACUUCUAAAGUGUUCAAAUUACAUGUUAUAGUUUUGUAUAAAGAUAUAUAUAAAUAUAUACAUAUAUAUGUGAAAUUUUAUCAAGCAAGACAUUUUUCAAUACAUGUUUUAUUUAUAACAUAUAAGGUACACAAACAGUCUUUAAAUAGAGCUGGGUCCUGUCAGCGUUGAGAUGAAACUUCAAUGCAUAUUGAACGCUUGAUAAACAAUCAUAUUAUGCAAAAUUGGAUCAAUUUGAAUUGUGACAACCAAAUUAAAACAGUCGAUGUAUGAUUUCUUCAACAAAACCUCAUUCUAUCUCUAUUCAUGUUUUUAUAACUCUAUUUAAAUUUGUAAAUUAAACAGUGUUAUUAAUUCUACAAAAAAUUUAAUACAACUCUCCUAAAUUCUUUAUUUGA